AUGGCGUCCAGCUCGAUGCGAUUCCUCGAGGCUUUCACACGCGCGGCCAAGUGCCAGCACGUGUCUGGCCGGGCCCAGCGCGGUCUGUUCGCGGGUCGUGACAAGGCGUUCGGCAACAACGUGUCGUUCUCCAAGCGCCGCACGCGCCGCGCGUGGAAGGUCAACCACCAGUGGAAGAGUCUGUACUCGGAGGCGCUGGACGAGAAGGUGGGGCUCAAUGUGACGACGCACACGCUGCGCUGCGUGGACAAGAUCGGUGGACUGGACAACUACCUGCUGAGCAUCAAGGACGAGCGAGAACUCGGCGUCAAGGGACUCAAGACCCGCGACCGCGUGUUGGCGGCCCUCUCUGAGGCUUGAGAAGUUAGACAAGAAGGAAAAGACGUUUUCUUCUUAUAUCUGUAGCUCUUCUUAUUUUUUAGAUUACAGACGACAUUACAUUUGACUCACUUCUAAAAGACAGUUCGAGUUGCUAUUUCU